AUGACUCUCUUUCUGAAAAAACUGCCCAACAUUGAAAGGGCUUUAUCAAGAAGUGUUCCCAGGUAUUUCGGAACGAAGUCCAAAGAACAUGCUGAAUGUAGCAGAGCUGUAAAUGAAGCAGAAAAAAUCGUGGGGUACCCAACAUCCUUUUUGAGUUUGAGGUGGUUGCUGAAUGAUGAAGUUGCUAAUAUUGCCCUAAACCUAAGAAAAUUGAUAGGAACCAAUCAUCCACUCUUGGACACUGCUAGAGAAUUGAUUUUGAAUAAAGAAACUCCCACAUGGGGACUGAUUGUUUUACUGGUAUCUAAAGCAGGAGGAUUGAGCAGAGAAUUUUCAGCAGUUGACCAUGAUAUUACUGCAGGAAUACUACACAGCCAAAGAGUACUUUCCGAAAUCACCGAAAUGGUGCGUACCAGCAACCUCAUCCACAAGAGCAUCCUCAACAUACCUCAAGAUGACCUUGACGCGGAAGACCUCAAUUUCGGCAACAAACUGUCCCUUUUGACCGGCGACUAUUUGCUGAGCAGCAGUUUCAAGGAGCUGGCAGGUUUGAAGUGCCAUGAAGUUAACGAAUUGGUGUCUACUUGUCUGAGGGAUUUGGUGGAAGCGGAAUUCAUCGAACCAAGAGACAGCCAAAAUAGGCCACUCCCUGCUCCACCGCUUGGAAAACAAAACGACAUAGUGGUUCCAAAUCAGUUUGACGGCGAGUUGUGUACCAUUUCCGAGGUUUUGGGCAAUGCCAAGGCCGAAUGGACCUUGAGACACCUAUUGGACGGGGCCAGUUUGCUAGCCAAAUGUUGUCAGGGCUCCCUCAUGCUGGCCAACCACCCGAAACCCCUCCAAAAAGCCGGCUACCUCUUCGGCAGAAACCUCGCCCUGGCAGUCCAAGCCAACAAGGACGAAACCAUAUUCGAACCCCUGAAAACAGGUUCUUUCAGCCUAGUGUGCGCCCCCCUAUUGUUCCACCUCCAAUCUGAUCCCGAUUUUCACAAAGUCCUGGUGAAAAACGCCCAGGAAAACUCGACCGAUUACGGGGAAAUCAGGAGGGUGGUGCGAGCAGGUCCUGGACUGGAAAGGACCAGGGAGUUACGGGGGGAGUUUGCCUCCAAGGCGUCCGAGGUGUUGAAGGAGUUUCCUGAUAGCGAGGCCAGAGAAGCUCUGGCUAAUAUCAUCAAGACGAUUUGA